GAGAGAAAAGGAAAACCUUGAGAAAAAAGCAAAAAACAGAAAAAGAAGCAGCAGGUUGCUAAAUUGCUGGGAGACAGGAACUACAUAUUGAAAUCGAUAUUGCUGUCUGAGCGUCUGUUUUAUUAAACAAACACAAGCCCACAUCUACUGAAGUGAAUGUUGUUCUCACUGUUUACAUCUUGAGAGCAAUUCAUGGCUGGAAAUGGCCUGCCAAAUUUAGGCCGUGUGAAACUCACAGACCUGAUAGCUUCUGAAGGACUUCCAUCUGACACCUACAAACUAUCGGUUUCAACUCUGUCACAAUCUCUUGCUCAAUAUUCUGCUGCCAUUAUCCAGUUACCAUUGAGUGAUAGUGCUCUGUUGAGGUGUUGCCUAGAUUCUGCUCGGCCAUACUUUAAUCAAAAAGCUGCAUAUCCAUCCGCUGAUAUGAUUCAUAUUAAUGACUCCCGUGAAUGGUGCAAAACCUCCGGAUACUCUGCAGAUCCGCAACUGUGGCAAGAAAGUUAUGAAUACAGACCGGGGCUAACUUUGAUUGAACCCAACAAUGGUAUUGAUAUGCCACCGGUUGGGUUGGCGGAUAUAUUUAUGUUACUCGGAAAAGCUGCUCGAGAUAUAUUGGAUUCUAUCAGCUUUUAUUUGAAUCUACGUAGCUGUGCUUUCACCGAAAUACUUGAUAGUGUUCCCUUGAGAAAUAGGGAAAUUUCAUCUUCGGUUUUGUCUGUUGGUUGUCAUGCAAGGCCUUCUUUUCAGGGAGCUCAACAUCACAAUAUCACAACUCAAGAAGACGGGCAGCUAGUUAUGUUUUCAGACCACGAGCAUCAAGUCGAUAAAAGCCUUAUAUCUCUUAUGAAGUCAGAUAAACCAGGCCUUCACAUUAGAGAUUUCAAUGGCCGUUGGGUGCUUGUGGAUGGUGAUCUUGGUCCUCAAGAAGCAGUUGUGUACCCUGGACUUGCUUUGUACCAUGCUACUGCUGGUUAUGUUAACCCUGCGCUGCAUAGAACGGAUAUCAGCAAUUUACAUGGUAACAUGUACGGGCGUUGCUCACUUUCUUUCAAACUUAUGCCAAAAUCCAUGACCAGUCUUAAUUGUUCAGAGAUGCGAGCUGCUGGUCAUGGUGUUGAAGCUCAGUUUCAGCUACCAGUUUCAGUUGAUGACUUUAUGCAGAGACCACACUCUUUGGAUCAACUCUUCAACAGAAACAAUUUUCCUACUUUCAGUUUUCCGACAACCCAAGAAGGAUCUAUGAAACCUUUAAUGAAGAGGAAGAAAAUUAAUUCUCGGUUAAAACCUUUGCCACCUUCUAAGAGGUUGCGACUUGAAGCACAAAGAGUUCUUAAAGAGAGGGUUCAAGACAUAGCUGAUAAAAAAGGCAUCAAGCUCAGAUUCUGCACCCUGAAAGAGUGUGAGAGUCACAUACACACACUUGACAGCCCAUGUGGCAACAUACGAUUGGAGAUUGGGUGGCCCCCGGGAGUGCCAUUUGUUCAUCCACAUGAUCUGCCCAACAAGGCAAAAAUUGGUUUUCUUGAAACAUAUGAACCUGGUUGGACAGCCAAUCAAGACCUGGAGAUUAGUAUGAUUGAAAUAGGUCAAUCUAGUCAGCAUGUUGAUAACUGAAAGUCACAUAGUUUAAAGAUCGAUCUGUCCAGAAAUCGACGCGCUUUCUCCGCAAUCUGUUAACUGAAUGGAAUGCAGCUCACAUCUUUGAAGUCAAAUGAUCGUAGCAUAUCAUAGUCCAUGACUCAAGGUCAGGUGCUGUUUUUCUUUUUCUUUUUUUUGUUAGGGAGAAGUUUAGAACUUGCUUCUGUGUUUGGUGGGGGGACUGCUGGGCCUGUUGUAAUUUUGAUAAGAAGUUUUCUGAUUUCUGAGUGGUUUCAAAUACCACAGUGCAUGUUUCCCGUUCUUAAAGAAACUGUAGUGAUUUGAAUUCUCUCUAUCUAAUUAACUUCAGUUUCUCUUUCA